AACUUUCUCCCGCAACAAGACCCUGCAAAACCCCUCGCCCCUCCAAAAGCUCUCUCUUUCCGAUUCCCGCCCUUUGAACUAACUCGGUCCCUGAGAUCCGAUCCAUGGCGACUCGGCCUCUGGGAGCGAUGGAGGUUCCCAUCACAGGCAGCGAUUCUAUACAGUGGGCAGAGGUUACUGUUACUUCUUCAUGUCCUCUUUCCGAACCCUGCGCCCCCCUCACAGAAAACGCCGCUUCCUGCCAUGUCAUCGGUGAUCCUUCGACCUAUCUCAUCUGGCGAAUUCACAAGAACCUCCCAAAUGCACUUGAAUUGGUGGAGCUCUCUGCUAGUAAAGAAUUUCCAAAGGGUGGACUUCGUCUAACAUUUCAGAAUGCACUAUGCCCAUUUGCUUUUAUAUGCAGAAAUGAGGUUCCGAGUACUGCUGACAGCAAGUAUCUGCUCUAUGCAUUGACAGUUUCUGGAGUUGCUUAUCUUUUUAGGCUGAGAGCAAUUGGUACUUAUGUGUCUGGUUCGAUCUUCCCUCAAAGUGAGCUUGUAGAAAUUGAUGUGCACACACAUCUGCAAAUUGGAAAAAUAACAUGUGUUACAGCUACAUCGGGAUGCCUAGUGAUUGGGCAGCAUGAUGGGUCAAUUUUCUGCUUCCAACUUGGCUUACUUGACCAGAGUGCACUAGGUUUCAUUUAUGAGCUGCGGGAUGAUGUGGGAAGGGGUCGUUUAUGGGGUCUGAUGUCAAGGGGAAGGAUUAUUGGUGCUGUGCAAGGCUUGAUAAUCUCAGAGGUGCAUGGAAGGAAGUUACUGUUUGUGCUCCAUGUUGAUGGGAGCUUACGAGUUUGGGAUCUUCGUGCUCGUACCAGGCUUCUUACUCAUAACAUAAGCUUGCCAGAGUCAGCAGGCAAUCUCCAUGGUUCUGUGCGUUCAAGGUUAUGGGUCGCUGAUGCUAACUAUGACACAAGUCCGAUACCUCUAGUAAUUUUAUAUAGAAGUACAUCGGAAGCAGAUGGGGAGAUGAUUGGUGUCUAUAGCCUUUGUUUUAGUUUGGGGGAGAAAAUCACUUUUUCGGUGGAACCAUCAAUGCAAUGUAUCCAUUUGGAGGAGGGGAGACUAAUUGAUCUGAAAAUUACUUCUGGCAAGCUUUGGAUACUUAAAGAAGAUGGAUCAAUGCUGUAUGAUUUAUUCCAAACUGAUGUUAAUAUGAAAAAUACAAGUAGUUACGGUUUGCAAGAGCCCUUUGUUGCUGAACAUCUAUUUCAGACGUCUGAACAUGCAUCAGAUGAUUUGAUUUGGGCCAGCUGUUCAGCAGUUUCCUCAAUGAAGGACCACUUUGGCCAAUUUGUAUCUUCUAUUUUCUUACGUAAGCUGCUCCUUCCUGGGAUUCAUCAAAAUGCUGCUUUGCAUGCAACGAUACACGAUCACAAUAAACACCUGACUGAAUCGGAGUUCCAAUCUCUAUCGGUAUCGGUUGACGUAUUAAAAAAACAAAUCUUGUCAAUUAUGGAGAAUGAGGGAGUUGUUGAUCCAGUUUCCAUAAUCUAUUACUGGAAAAAUUUCUGCACGCAGUAUUUCCAUCAUUGGUGUCAGAACAGUUCACCAUAUGGUUUGCUUCUUGAUCCCUCAACAGGAGCAGUUGGUUUAAUCCGAAAGAACUCAAUUUCUAUAUUCCGUUGUCUGGAAGGCAUUGAGCUGCUUAUCUAUGGUUCUUGUGAUGAAUUUGUGAGCACGGGGUUAGUUUUGCUAGAUGAUGAUGUUGAUCGUGAACUUCUUUAUGAAGUGCUAAGAUGCAUUAGUAGUAUCAAUUGUCAACUCAGCAAAGCUGCUGCAUCUGUUUUCUAUGAAUCAAUUGUCAGUCCAUCGCUCAUACCAUCUGAAGAUGUCAUCCCUCAGUUACUGAAGAUUUUGGAAACUGGAUACAAAUCAUCUGCAAUCGCAUCCAACAUAUCACAAUUUGGAGCUGAUGCUGCUUGGGAGAAGGAACUAGCUGAUCACAAAAGCCAAAGGAAGUUCUCAGUCGACAUGUUGCUAUCACUUCAUGCUUUGCGCAAUAAAGCUAUGAGUUGGAAUAGAGUUUUGAAUGUCGUAGAGAAGUAUCUGAAUUAUCUCAUUCCAAAUAAAUGCUUACAAAGUUCGGAUCCAAGAGAACUCUUCAAUAUCAACACUUCAUUAUUGGUUCAGGCUACUUCUCAAGUUGCAAGAGUAAUGGUGGAGUCCGCCUUCGACAUACUUAUGUUCCUAAGCUAUCUUGUGAAUAUCAGUGGGCAGGUCCUUAUGGUUCAUGAAGACAUCUCCCGUGUACAGCUUGAAUUGAUUCCCAUGAUUCAGGAAAUACUUACUCAAUGGAUUAUUCUCCACUUGGUGGGAACAACACCAUCUGAGUCACUGUCUGAGUCGCCACUUUUGGAGGAUUUUAGCUCUCGCCUUUCGUCAUUGCGCAUUGAUAACAAAAUGAAUAAAACAUCAUGGGUUGAAAGGCUUGGCACAAAAGAUUUCACACUGGCCUGUAUACUUUUACUUAGUUUCCCUGGCUCCACUGAAGACCAAGGCUGCCUUUCCUCAAGUAGAUUUGCUAACCCAAACAACAUUAUUAGCUCUGUACGGAAUUUCAGCAGCUGGAUUAUUUCAGGAAGGACUGGAGAAUCUCCAGAUUUCUUUCACCACACAAUUGAACUUGCAACGGUCUUAUUUAAGCACGGCCAAUAUGAAGCUGUUGAGAACCUGCUUGUUAUUAUCGAUGCACAUUCAUGCAAGGAGAAGGCAUCCCAGAGUAUUCAGAGUAGCGAUGGUGUAUGGUGUGCUUGUCUUCAUCUUCUGGGAUUUUGCCUUCUUGUUCGGGCACACAAUGGGUCACACGGAAUCUUAAAAGAAAGCAAAAUUCGUGAAGCGGUUCGCUGCUUCUUCAGAGCUGCAUCUGGACAAGAAGCGUCCCAAGCUUUGCAAAGGUUGUUCUCCCAGACAGGCUUGCCAUAUCCUGUUGAUAUUGGCUCUGCAGAAGCAUGGAAGUUCCAUUAUUAUCAAUGGGCCAUGCAGAUUUUUGAGCAAUAUAAUAUGAGUGAAGGUGCUUGCCAAUUUGCCCUAGCUGCAUUAGAGCAAGUGGAUGAAGUUAUUGGGUUGGAAGAUGAAAACCAUGGUGGUGAUCUUCUUCUUGAACCAGCUAUUACUAUUAGAGGACGGCUCUGGGCAAACGUUUUCAAGUUCACUUUGGAUCUUAACCAUUAUAGGGAUGCGUAUUGUGCUAUCAUUACCAAUCCAGACCAAGAUAGCAAACAUAUCUGCCUGAGGCGUUUCAUUAUUGUUCUUUGUGAGCGAGGUGCAACUAAGGUCCUUUGCGAUGGUGAGCUGCCCUUUGUUGGAUUAAUGGACAAAGUGGAGCAGGAGCUAGUUUGGAAGGCUGAGCGCUCGGAUAUUACAGCAAAGACGAAUCCGUACAAGAUACUUUAUGCUUUUGAAAUGUACCGACAAAACUGGCGAAGGGCAGCUAGUUACAUGUAUCAAUAUUCUGUUCGCUUGAGAAAUGAGCUGACCUCAAAAGAACAGCUGCAGCUUUCCUCUGCGCUGCAAGAGAGACUCUUUGCUCUGUCCUCUGCUAUCAAUACUCUGCAUCUUGUUCAUCCUUCAUAUGCUUGGAUUGAUGCUCAGCAUGAAAACUACACUUGUCCUGAACAACGAUCACCAAACAAGAAGGCUCGGACUAUCAUUGAAGAGAACUCGGCAGCUGGUGAUGAUCUGGAGGCUUUGAGGCCACAACACCAUAUUGAUAUUGAGAAGCUUGAAAAUGAGUAUGUGCUAACAUCAGCACAAUAUUUACUUGCACUAGCAAAUGUUAAGCCGGCAUUUACAGGUAGUCAAACGCUUGUAGCAGAUUCAGUAGAUCUAUUGGUCCAGGCAGACUAUUAUGAUAUGGCAUUUACUGUUCUUCUGAAGUUCUGGAAGGAUUCAGGAUUGAAAAGAGAACUGGAGCGAGUCUUCAUUUCUAUCUCACAAAAGUGCUGUCCAAAUAGAGUAGGCUCUGUACUUUCUGGGAAUUAUAGGAGUGCACAUGGUCUUCUGUUGACAUCAUCUGAGGAUGAAACAAGUGUUCAUGGCGCAAUUGAUAUGAACCCAACAGCUUAUCAAUCCAAGGGAAUUAAUCAGUGGGAAACACUUGAACAUUAUCUUGAGAAAUAUAGAAAGUUGCACCCGAGGUUGCCAGUAACGGUUGCUGAAACUCUUCUGCACACUGAUCCCCAGAUUGAAUUGCCUCUUUGGCUGGUUCAUAUGUUCAAGGGUGGAAGAAAGGGGGCAACAUCCUGGGGAAUGACUGGCCAAGAACCGGACGCUGCAGCUCUAUUCCGUCUUUAUGUAGAUUAUGGUCGAUAUACAGAAGCUACAAAUUUGUUGCUUGAGUACAUAGAAUCCUUUGCAUCUCUGAGACCGGCUGACAUCAUUAAUCGGAAAAAGAUGUCUGCUGUUUGGUUCCCGUACACAGCCAUAGAGCGCCUAUGGUGCCAACUUGAGGAGUUGAGGAGUUGUGGUCACAUGGUCGAUCAGUGUGACAAACUCAAGAAGCUGAUACAUGGAGCUUUGCUGAACCACCUGAAACAAUUAAAGGUGGACUCGGACGAUGCACUAUCUUCUGGGCUACAAUAAGAGAUUUCGACAACUGAAGGCUGUGAUAGUGUUCAGCUUCCUGAGAUUUCAGGAUUUGUUCUGCUAUGGGCUCGUCUUCUUUAUUUUGUUGCACUUUAAUCUCAGCUGCUUUUGAGUUUUUUGUUUUUCUACCUCUUGUCUAUCCUGUAAUUCUCUUAGUCUCUUUCCAAUCAAAGGAAAAUGAAAAAAAAGUAAAUGUUGAUUCUCUUCAUCCCUUGUCUACUCAAGAAAACAUGAUUUGGUGAA